AUAUAUACACGCAAAAAUACAACUAGGAAGUUUUAAACGUUUAUUGACAUGACUUAAAUGUAUUUUAAUAAUCAUGUUUUUCUCUAUACUUAUCAUUGGAAUAUGUAUUUCGUUCUCACAAGGUACACUUACUAUUCAAGUACCAAGUGCUGGUAACUGUGGUGAUGAUACAGUUCUAACCUGUCAGUUUACUGGUAAAAUUGCCGCCUCUAUUGGCUGGUAUGGAUUGAACAGAUCCUUAGUAACAGUAAGACCAGAGGACAACAACAAAUAUACAGAAACAAUUGGAACAUCAUCGUUUACAUUGACAAUACACAACACUGACAUUACUGAUGGAGGAGAUUAUAGAUGUAAAAAUGGAUUUGAUCAGAGUCAGUUUAAACGUCUUAAAAUAGAAUGUAAAGCAUCAUCAGCUACACACAGUGUAACAAGUGGAAAGAAAGUACAGAUAACUGUAGAUAAACUAUAUCCUGCCUCACCAACACUCACUAUUACAUUUAAAAGACAGGAUAAUUCCAUCCAGAUAUCAGGAUCUUCAGCAUGUUCAAGUAGUACACAGUAUACAGGCUACUACAGAUGUGUGUGGACUUCUAGAAACUCUUUAGAUGACGGGUCGUAUACUUACAGCAUUGUUGUUACAACCAUCACACAAGCUACUCCACUAACAGGAUCAUUUAAAUUAGCAUCACCUGGAAAACCCUUAAUCUCAGAUGUCGUGCAAUUGAAUGCUAGUCGUGAAGUUGUUAACGGAAAUGAUGGACAAUGUCUGACAAUACAAUGUACUUCAACUGGAGGAUAUCCCUCACCAACGGUAACCUGGUAUAAGAACAGUAUAUCUAGCUCUAACCAAUUGGCAUCUACAAGUUCAGGGACAUUACAAAGUGACGGUACAUAUACUGUCAACUUACAACAUACAUUUACACCUGCUACAUCAGAUGAUAGGAUAUAUUUGAUAUGUAGAUCGUACUAUCCUCAAGCUGAUAGUGCUAAAGUCGGAUCAAACAGCAAGUCUGUGUUACUUUACCUAAGAUCAGCUGCAUACAACAUUCCGGCAACAAGAACAAUACAGGCCAUAAAUGUUCAUCAAACCAGGAUACAACUUUACCGCGGGAAGAAGCAGCAACCCAACGGAACAAUAGCAACGAUAAAUACCGGGUAA